AUGGCUUGCGACUACCAAUACGUCAAGGAGCACACGAAGGAAGGUUACGUCUUUCCCUCGCACCGCUUCCAACGAUCAUGUCCUCCAGACAAAACGCCGCUAUGUCUCGUUGCUUGCGGCUCUUUCAGCCCAAUCACGUAUCUCCAUCUUCGGAUGUUCCCCAUGGCUCGGGACCAUGCUCACAAUGAGAAUUUCGAAGUUGUUGCAGGUUUUUUGAGUCCUGUCAGCGAUGCCUACAAAAAGAAGGGCCUAGCUCCUGCUCAUCAUCGGAUUGAGAUGUGUAGGCUUGCGACCGAAAAUAGCUCCAAGUGGCUAAUGGUAGACCCCUGGGAAGCUGAGAGCCCAACUUAUAUCCCAACGGCCAAAGUGCUUGAUCACUUUGACUAUGAGAUCAAUGAGGUCAUGGGCGGUGUUGAAUGCACUGACGGAACUCGAAAGCGCUGCCGCAUUGUACUUCUUGCUGGCCUCGAUCUCAUCCAGACCAUGUCGACUCCUGGUGUGUGGGACGAGCGUGACCUUGACCACAUCCUGGGCAACUAUGGCGUUUUUGCUUUGGAGCGUACAGGAACUGAAAUUGAUUCAACCCUGGCAAACUUGAAGCAAUGGGAGAAGAAUAUUCACAUAAUUCGUCAGGUCGUUACCAAUGACAUCAGUAGCACCAAAAUUCGCCUAUUGCUCAAACGCAACAUGUCGAUUGACUACUUGAUUCCUGAUCUUGUAGUCAGCUACAUUUUCGAAAAUAAUCUUUACCGCGAUCUCGAUAUGCCUGACUCGAAGGGCAAAGAGAACGCCAUUACGAAUGGGCCCGAUGCCGGCACCAGCACUGGUUGA